AUGUGUGGGGUAAAUGAAAAGAAAAUCUCCUUCGUAACUUUUUUAUGCUCAUCACAUUCCAAAUUAGUGGGCACGCGUUCACUCAAAUUGCAGCCGUGUGUCAUGAAAUUUACCUUAUCUUUUAUCGCUACCCAUCGCCCAUAUCACAAAUCUAUAUAUAUUAUUUAUAGAAGAUCUCCGGCGUCAGAGCUUCUCCGACUUUUUUUCUUCUCUCUUUUUAGUUUCAUCACAUCCCUAGUCGAGCUCCAAGCUUUAUUAUCGGUUUUCCAUUUAGCACACACACACUAUUAUUAUUAUUAUUAUUAUUAUUAUUUUUCUCCAUUUUUUUACGGAUUAGUCACUGCCUGUUCCUAA